AUGGUUGUAUUUAACUGUAAUGCUUGCGGAGAAGCACUCAAGAAAAACCAAGUAGAAAAACAUACGUUACGAUGUCGUUAUUGCGAAGCUUUAUCGUGUGUUGACUGCGGGAAGGACUUCUGGGGAAACGACUACCAGACCCAUACCAAAUGUAUGACAGAGAAUGAAAAAUACUGCGGCAAGAAUUAUGUUGCAAAAGUCAAUAAGGGAGAGGUUAAACAGGAACAAUGGAUUGAGAAAGUACAAAGUGCUAUUGACAAGUCUGUGUCCAAUCCCAAUUUGAAGGGGUUGUUGGAGCGCUUAAAGGACUAUCCAAACAUCCCCAGGAAGAAAAUUAAGUUUGUGAAUUUUCUCAAGAACAGUUUACGAAUUUACAAUGAUUCACUUAUAAAUCAAGUAUGGGAUACGCUAAUGGCAGCCAGUGAAGAGGAUAAUAGCAAGCUGAAUGGCCGUGAAGCAAGCAAACAGAGGGUGAACGGAUCAACAGCUGACACAUGUCAUGUAGAUGGUGGGAAGAAACAAGGGGAGCAGGAGAAAUCUGAUAAAAAAGAAAAGAAAAGUACAAAGGAAGACAUUGAUAAUAAUGAGAAGGGAAAGAAGAAGAAACUUUCAGACAAAGAGAGUACAGAUGUAUUGCAAGAUGUGGGGGAUAUAGAAGCCAAUACUGCUGGACCUAAGUUAAGUAAGAGAGAGCGAAAAGAAGAAAGAAAGAAGAAAGCAAAUAAAAAAGAAAAGAAGGAUAAGAAUGACAACAGUGAUAGCAAAGAAGAAAUAAGAAAAACUAAGAAGAGAAAACUAACAGAGGAUGAUGAAACAACCGAAGAAACAGAAGUGGCUGACAGAAAUAAGAAGACAAAGAACAAAGAUUCUGAACCGGAAGAUUUUGAUGACAAUGAAGCUGAUGACAAAAGUGAUGAAGAGAUACCAGAACCAAAGAAAAAGAAACAGAAAAAGGUCAGGUUCAACUGGGAAGCCACUAUUCUUGAAGUGCUACAGUCUAAGGGUGAGAUGUCACUCAAGAAACUGCAGAAAAAGGUUUUGAAUGAGUUUACCGCUGUGGAUGCUGCUAACUACUCAGAGGACAACCUAAGGGCUAAGUUCAACAAGAAAGUCAACAAGAUAGCACAAGUGAAAGUGUUCAAAGAUAGAGUGAAAUUGAAAUAA